AUGAUGGGACCCCCGCGGAAAAUGCCGUCACGGCUUUCGGCGUCUAGGAUACUUAGUUCUGACAAGGCCGAGCGGAGCUCUAGCGCACCGCCUAGUUAGUUCUUAUGACUGUAUAAAGCUUCCCUAACUUACUAUAACUAAUAUAGCUAGUCAUUCAAAAAAUUGCGAUUCGAAUAAUGCAAUCGACUUGCUUUUUUUAGAUUUUGAAUAUAUUGCAGGAAGCUUUCAAAGAACUUGUCGUGAUCAGUCCAUAGAAACUCGACGACACUAGAUCCAUGGCGGACGGCGUUCGAUCAACUGCGGGGCCGGCUCAACGAAAUGAGGUACCAGCCCAAUGCUCUAAAAAGCAGCUGAGGGUUUUUUUUUCUGUGUUACAUUUCGAAGGAGAAAAAAAAUAAGAAUGAAUUCACAAUGACUGAAAUCGCUCCUCACUAAAACGAAAAAUGAAAUUAUUGUUGAUUCAAAACUGAUUGACACCAGUUCAAAGCAGACUAGUCAGGCUUGUGCGAGGUCCAGAUUGUCAACCUAUCGGCCUUCGUUCAUUUCCAUAAUUUUUGACAGCACCAAGUGAAAAGUAAUUUUUUGGCAACUCUGUUUGGAUGAAAAUUUUUUUGAUGAAGUUUGAAAAUUUUUUCGAAGCCUGGCUUGGUCCGAUGCCGCGCAAGCUUCAAGCUUUCUUUGGGCUUCAAUAGGUCGGACCUCAAUAACGCAAAUCGGCGUCUGGCUGGACUAUUUUUUGCGAAGACUUGGGCCAGGCCAAUUUUAAAAUUUGUAGUUUCUGUUGAACUUUAAUCAUAAAAAAAAACAAGGAACAUGAUUUUUGUUGUUUAAAAAAAGCUGUUUUCCGACUUGAACAUUACUUUCUUUUUGGGCCUGGUCUUGCUUGAGGCUUCGCUCAGCCUGACCCGGGCCUGGCUCAGAGAAUGGCUGAGACCGUUAGGCUGACAAGCCGGCCCUCGCACAGCCCUGUCUCGGACCUCGGUAACGGAAACCAAACGCGCUCCGGACGUUUCUGA